AUGUCGACCUCUGCCACCGCCUCCAACGCUUCUAGACUGUCUAUCUUCUCCAGACGAAGCAGCAUGGCCAAGAACUCAGACAACAAGCUCUUCUCCAGCGCCUCCUCGAUGAUGAGUACUUCGUCCAUCUCCAGCAUAGCUGCACUCAAGGCUGCUCUGCGUCGUCAAAAAGAAAACAGCUCCGAGUUGUCAAAGAAGACGACCAGAAAACAAACGACUUGCAUCUCACCCACCACGACCGAAGCUGCGAGAGCCAGUUACUUUGCUCACCGGGCGUGA